GUGUCUGUCUUUUUAUCUAUCUGAACAGGUGGGCGUAGGCCAAUAUAUAUGCAUCUGUCAGGCCCGCUCCUCCACAGACGUUGCUGUGGCCAGGAAUGCGGAGCCGCAUUCCUUGGAUCAGCGCGUCAUUCCAGUAUGUUAUUCCAACAUCCCCCUUUGAUACCAACAGCCCUAGAAUCGACUUUCCAACCGCCACGGCGUCUUAUCUUCGCCCCCUAAUUCGCUGUUCCCAACCCCCCAGCUAAUUACGCUGC